UUUCAAAAAUGUUGAGAUAAUUUCAAGUGGAAAUCAUUCCUGCAGUAUAUAAGAAUGAACCAUUAUGUUGGUUGUUGUCAUUGGAAGAUUUGAUUUUACAAAAUGACUCGUAUAACAUUCAUCUCGUUUUUUGUUUUAGUUGUUGCCGUUUCACUAGCUACUUCCGAAUCAGGAAUCUGUUCAUGGUACGAUGCACCUAAUGGAGCCAAAACAGCCAAUGGUGAAACAUUCAAUCGAAAUGCCAUGACUGCUGCUCAUAAAACUUUACCAUUCAAUACAAAAGUUCGCGUAACCGUCGGUAAUCGAGCUGCUGUAGUUCGAAUCAAUGAUCGGGGCCCGUUUGUUAAAGGACGAAUUUUGGAUGUAACACCACAUGUAGCAGACAUACUUAAUUUGAAAAAAAGAGGUGUUGCUCCUUGCAAUGUUGUGAGAGCUUGAACCAAAAAUUUCAAUAAAAUGUCACAGAUUUUAUUCUUGUAUCCUUUGUCCAUAUGGACGCAAUAAACAAGAAUUUCUCUAUAAAAAAAAUGAAUAAAUAAAUGCAUUAAAAAAGUAUGCUAAUGCAAUAUUGAUUGAAAA